UAUGAAAUAUAUCAAAUCUCAAAUGUACCAUAGGGAGAAGAGAAAAAUAAAAAAGAGGCGUAUUUCACAAAUGAAAGGGAAAAACAAUGUAGUGUGACCUCCAACCCGGUAACUUUAUAGUGGAUCCACUCGAUAAGUAUGAGUGACCCAUUUUUUCUUACCGAGUCAAGGUCAAUCAACCGGUGGGUUGACAACCUUGGUUAAAUGGUGAUCGGGUUAACCUUUAAUCUAAGUAGUAACUUUAGGUUAAAUCGAUAAUCGCUAGAUUGGGCUAGGUAAUCACGGAAGGUCCUACACUCCUAGUCUUCUGGAUCCUGGGCCUGGGCCUGACCCAUGUGAAAAUUAGUGAUUCAUCCACGUCGUUCGCUAUCGUGGGCCCGACUUCCGUGCUUAUCUCUAAGCCGUACCCGGGCGAUGGCGAGUCUGUAAGAGACUAGACUUAUACUAUCUUAGCAACUCUUUCUUCACUCUUUCACCUAAUCAAUUUCUUCGAUCUCUCUUACUCUCUCAUCUGCGGGAAAAGGCAAAACCGAUCCUGAGCUUCAUCUCGCACACCUUCUUUCCAGUUCCCAUAGCAUGUUUGCUUUCCGAAAGAAACGAGAAAAACAUGCUAUGGUUGCUUCAUCUCACACACCUUCUCUCUGGUUCCCAUAGCAUGUUUGCUUGCCGAAAGAAAUGAGAAAAGCAUGCUAGGGUUGCUGAAAUGGAAAGAUCAAGAAGAAUCAUCUCACCUCCAGCAACGGAAACUCGGGCGUUGAGCGACAAAAAAACGAGAAACGAAAAGCCAAAUGGAAGAAAGGCUCCGAAGAGAUCUUUGGCGUCCUCCCCUCCCGGCCAUGGAAGAUCAAACUCGAUCCUACCUGGAUGGCCGCCGGCGAAAAUCAAUAUCCUUCCACUGCGACAAAAACUUUACCACCCUCAAAAAAAUCCAAGAUCAUCACGAAAAGGAGCACAAGCGUCAAUUUGAACAAUUCAAAUUGACGCUUGUGCUCCUUUUCGUGAUGAUCUUGGAUUUUUUUGAGGGUGGUAAAGUUUUUGUUAGAGUGGAAGCAUAUUGAUUUUUGCCUGCGUCCAUCUAGAUAGGAUCGAGUUUGAUGCCGGGAGGGGAGGAUGCCAAAGAUUUCUUCGGAGCCUUUUUUCCAUUUGGCUUUUCGUUUCUCGCUUUUAUUUCUUCAUCGCCCGAGUUUUCGUUGGAGAAACAUGCCUGUUUGUUUGGAUUGGAGAACGGCGACUUCCUACGGGUCCCGUUUCCACUGCGUCUCUUUGCCUUUCACGUGUACUUGCUACUCUGCAAGUAUCUGCGGCAAUGGAGCAACAGCGUUUCUGGUAUCAGGGCUCUUCCGUUCUCGCAGCUAAGGGCCCAAGCUCUUGAAGGUCCCGUUUGGAAGGAGGAAAGUCAGUUGCAGAUUACAAAAAAGAAUCACAAGGAAGAGGUAUAUAGCUAUCUUCAUCUCAAACAGACUCGAGCCAUUAGUGAUGCAAGACUCUUGGAUUUCCUGGAUGUCAGCCUUUGUUUCUUUGAAGUGCCGAAGUUGGUUGCUUUUAAUAUUUCUUGCUGUUUUCUCUGCCACUGAUAGUAGCACUGUUUGAAUUGUUGCCAGAUGACAGUUACUCUGAACAAGAAGGGAGUUGCAAUCCAGUCAUUAGAGAAGAACUAUGGAGCAGCUUUUGAAGAGAAAC